ACCAAUUUGUCCUUUUCAAGGUGCAACUGAGUUAGGCUAACGAGGGUCACAACCGAAGGACUGUAUAAGCACCAGAGCGGCGCCGCUAGAACCCGCUCGGAGAGGAGCUUGCAGGAGAUAUCACGGGGCAGCAAGAUGGGUGACCCAGACCAGACUCUCCAGCCAGCCCCAGGGCCCGACAAGCAGGGCCAGCAGCAGCAGCAGUCCGCGCAUCAGACGGAGGUGGGACCUAUAGACCGAGUAGCUGACAGCACCACGGGCGCUGGGGGCCCCUCUGCCAAUCAGCCACAACCGCAGCGGCCUCAGGAGCGCGAGCUGCCGCUGUCUCAACAGCAGCAGCGACAGCUCCCUACGACAGAUUUCCACAGCGGGGCACCGCAGGAUGGCGGACGUGGAGAUGGUGAAAAUCUUGGGGAGAAAGAAACGACACGACAGCAGCAGGAGCAAGAAGAUCAGAAGGGGGACAACCACCAGCAGCAAGAGGCGGAGGAGAACGUGGAGACGCAGGAGCAGCAGCAGCAGCAGCAGCAAGAGGUGGACUCAGCAGCUAAGGACGCUGAGGCGCUCGCGCGGGCGGAGGCACUAAAGCGGGAGGGCAACGAGCUGUUCGGCAAAGGUCUGUGGACCGAAGCGGCGGCCAAGUACAACGAAGCGCUGGACGCAGCUCCCCAGAGCGCGGCCACGGAGCAAGCCAUCUACUUUGCCAACCUGGCCGCAUGCAACAUUAAAAUCCAGCAGUACGACUACGCCGUACAGAACUGUACGGAAGCUAUACGGCUCAAUGGGUCGUACUUGAAGGCGUACAUGCGGCGCUGUGAAGCGUUUGAGCGAUUGGACGAGCUGGACCACGCUCUGGGCGACGCCAAGGCGCUACUGCAGGUGGAACCGGAGAACUCGUGGGCCAAGGCCAAAGUGGCGGUACUGCAACCCAAGGUGGACGAGCGUACGGAAAAGCUGAAGACGGAGAUGUUCUCCAAGCUUAAGGAUUUGGGCAACACGGUGUUGGGCAAAUUCGGCUUGUCGCUAGACAACUUCAAAUUCGACAAGGACCCUAACUCGGGCGGCUACAGCAUCCGAUUUGAGAAAUGA